CUUUAAUUGGGUGGUUUCUGUUAAGAACGCUCGUUGUACUAACGCCAUCUCGUGUGACGUGAUAAUAUAUUAGACGUAGAAAUGCAAAAAAUAAACUUAGAUGAUGUUUACCAAAGAUUUUUCAAGUCAUAUAAAAAAGCACAUGCCAACAAGAAAAGUGAUAACGUACAAAAAGAUGCAAAUCUUGUAUGGACCGAAGCAAAAGCUCGAUACGGCACUGAUACAAACGGAUUCAGUACUUUUAUACAACAACGUAUAAACCAUUACGACACUCAAGAUAAAAAAAGAAAAGUUGGCUUAUUGUCAUAUUUUAGUAAGAAUAAUUAUAACCUAGUCAAUCAAAAGAAAGAGUCUGAAAUCGUUACAAAAAUGAUAACUAAUUUGGCUCCUAACCAUGAUAAUACUCCUCUUCCUAUUGCAAAAAGCAUCGAUGUUGAGUGCACUGUUGGAAAUAGUAUAUCUUCACCAAAAGCUUAUAAAAAAACNGUAUUUUGCUUCAAAGAAAAAAAUUAG